AUGUUAUUAUCUAUAUUAAUUAUCCAAAUAUUAGCGAAUAUAGUGUUUCGGACGAUUGUUAUUGAAGCGCGAACAGUAUUAAGCGAAUAUACUCAUCGACCUGAUGUGAAACACUUUGAAUCUGAACUCGAUAGAACUACAGGUUAUUGGUCGCCAAGUACAAGUUCAAUCGAUUGGUGCGAACGAAAUUAUGUUGUAACACAGUAUAUUGCUGAAUUCUGGAAUUGUCUAUCAAGUUUAGUUUUCUGUUUAUUAUCUGGAAUAUUAUUUUUUCAAGCUCUAUAUUAUCGAAUUGAAAAUCGAUUUCUAUUGCUUUGUCUAUCGUAUAUGUUUGUUGGACUUGGCUCAGCAUUUUUUCAUGGUACGCUCACAUAUUUAGGUCAAAUGGCCGAUGAACUUUCGAUGGUAUACUCAAUGAUUAUCUGGUGGUUUAUUCUCUUUCGAAUGGAUAAAUUUAAUAAAAUAAGAAAUAAAAUGUAUCGACUGGAUUUAGGAAUUGUAUUCGCAAUAUUCUAUGGAAUUCUAUGGACUUAUAUGCAUAGUUUAAAAACAUUCAUUGUCAUAUUUCAAGUACAUUUUGGAUUGAUGGUGUUUGGAGCCAUUCUUAAAUCGAUUUUUAUAUAUCGACAAACACAACAUCGUACGCGAUAUAUCAUGUGUUUAAUUAUCAUAUAUGUUACUUUACUAAUUCCAGCUUUAACUAGUUGGAUUCUUGAUCAGGAACUAUGUGAACGAAUGAAUACUACAGGCGGAUUUAAUCCACAGUUACAUGCUUGGUGGCAUGUAUUUUGUGCUAUUGAUUCUCAUGUAGGACUCGUAUGCACUGAAGCAAUGCGUCUUUUAUCGAUUAAAUAUAACUUACAUAAAAUCAAACAUGCUGAUUCUUCGACGGAAUCAUUUAAACCUGAAGAUCAUUUGCAUAUCAGAUUUUAUUUUGGACUACCUUACGUAGAUUAUUCCCAUACAAUACAAUUGAAACAGCAGUAG